CGAACGUGAAUACGAGACGUUAUGUCUAGCAAACUGACUCAAGGUUCUAGAAUGUCUGAUGAACAAUGACUGGUUCGAAACUUGUCUGGACUUUGUCUGGCGCCGAGUUGCAUUACGAAAUCUUAUGACCGUUAUCUUGGGAAUAGCUCCACAUAAUUUUUCCGGAAUUUCUCUACGCGAAACAAAACAUGGAUACAACAAUGUAUAUUAAGUUUUUUGACAUUGGAACCAUGUAAGUCGAAUGAUGAGGUUCGCGUCAGAUAUCAGCUGCCUGUUGGCCUCCGGAUAAGAAGUUGAUAACUAUUGUCUUUUUCUUUAUAAUGCUUUCCAUGUCUAUUUGAAUAACUUGCGUGAAGAUUGGACAAAAUAGGAAUAGCGUUAUGUGUGAAAUAAAUAGAAUUAAGGUGAACUGUACCAAUAAUUUGAUGCAAUAAUUUGUGAAUUUUGAGUCAUAUUCAUCCUUAGACCCGCCAACAAUUCAGAUGGCCAUCGCUUCAUCUCUUACGUCCUGGGUUGGUCAGACGGUGACCUUAAAGUGUCAGUCAGAUGGUGUUCCUAAACCACCACUCACCUGGUACCAACCUGAUGGAAGUGAAAUAAAAAGAGACACGAAUAAAGAAAUUACAAUUCAGGUGACAUUGAACGACAGUGGUGAUUUCGGUGAUUACAAGUGCGUUGCUGAAAAUGGUCUAACUCCUCAUGAUGAGGAGGUUGUGAAGAUAAAUCAGAUAAAAAAACCCAGCCGGGCAUCCAUCAUAUCAACAGAAGCAGAUGUUCACGCCAAUUCAUUAACAGUAAGGUGGACUGCAACAGCUGAUGAUGGGGGGAGUCCUAUCACAGCAUACCGAGUGAUCAUACUAAAGAGUGACACCAAGAAAGGCAGUGCUAAUAUUACUGGUCUUCCUAAAACAAAUCACACUUUUACGGGUCUGGAGAGAGAAACAAACUACACGGUGAAAGUGUUUGCCAGAAAUUAUGUAUUUGAAGGAGAUGCUGCUGUAAAGACAUUAAAGACAAAGUUUGAAGGGCCCCCGGAGGUAGUGAAAAUAGACGAGCUUCCCAUUGAAACAAAAGGCGAUACAAUUACCCUGAAGUGGAAGGAGCCAGGAAAUAAUGGUAAAGUUAUCUCCCAGUACACUGUGUACCAAAGGAUGGCGACUGGUGGGAAGGUGGGAGACUGGAAAGAAAUAGGGAAAAUCACGGAUGUGAAAGACAGAGAGUUAGAAGUUAAGCUAAACAAAGGAGAGGUGUAUGAAUUCGCCAUUACUGCUACCAACGUCUUGGGUGAAGGCUUGAAACAAGAUGCAUCAAAUAUCAAGAGAGUUAAAGCAAUAGGGAUCCCGGCAACAGUAGAAAUAUAUGGCCUGCCCAGUGAAACCACAGAAGAUUCAAUAACUCUGAGAUGGAAGGAGCCAAAAGACAAUGGCCAGAAAAUAACACAAUACAUUGUUUACCAGAGAACAAUGGCUGAUGGGACACCAGGAGAGUGGAAUAUAUUAAAGGAAAUCUCAGAUGUUAAAGUCAGAGAAUUCAGAGUAAAGCUAAAGAGAGGAAAAGUGUAUCAAUUUGCAGUAACUGCAACUAAUGGUGUUGGUGAAAGCCUAAUACCAGAUGAAAGAAACGUUCCGGAAAUCAAGGCAUUAGGAAUUUCAGGAAACAGAGAAGUUUACUUAACAGCGACCAUAAAUGAGAAUUGUAGCAGACGUUUAUUUGUUGCAGCCAAAUUUCCAAAUGUGGCAUGUGAAUUGGUCGUCAAUCAUGGCUGUUUUGCUGCCCUUAGCGUGGACAGCAGGUGUGGCAGUGUUAUUGUCAACUUUAUAAUGUACUUUAACGAAAGUGUGGCCAUUAGCGCGGUGUUGACUUCUCUGAAGAUUGCUGCAGAACAGAAAAAGUUCGGGGUCUUUAGAGUUGACCCAGCCUCGAUCAAACAAGUUUCUUCACCCACUGUGCCAGGUCCCGAGGAAUGUAACUGCCCAUGCAACGACGUCUUGUUAAAGGCCAUAAUUGGAGUUCUUGUCUUCACAAUCCUUCUUCUAAUAAUUUACAUAAUCUGGCAACAUAGGAAAGGUGUUGUUGGGAGGCAGAGGACAAACCAAGAUGAAAGAAGUGUUUAUGACAAUGAAAUGGAAUUAAAAGAUCUUCAAUCAAGUCUACCUGAUUCAGGCAAACUCACUCAGCCUCCUGCUGAAUACAUGGAUCUCAGAGAAGCUGGCAGAGAUAACAGGAAAGCACCAAGUGCCGCUACAGGUGCUGAUUACGCGCCUCUUAAUCCAGUAACACUCUCCUGGGAAGUUCCAAGAGAUCACGUGACCAUAGAAAAAGUCAUUGGUAAAGGUGCUUUUGGUCAAGUUGCUAAAGGAACAGCGGUCGAACUUCGGGGAGGGCCUGAAGCGACUACAGUGGCUAUCAAAAUGCUUAAAUUCAAUGCCGCCGAGUCUGACAAGCGAGAUUUAGUGAAAGAACUCGAAACAAUGAAGCAGCUGAAACCUCAUCCUCAUGUUAUUAAACUUCUGGGAUGUGUUACGGAAUCUGAGCCAAUCCUGGUACUGAUCGAAUAUGUUCCUUUCGGUGAUCUGCUUGGUUACCUGAGAAAGAGUCGUGGAUUACAUGACACCUACUACAAAGACCCAGACAACAAACCACAAACAAAUCUGACGUCACAACAGCUGAUGAAGUUUGCUUGGCAAAUCGCUGAUGGCAUGACUUACUUGUCCUCAAAAUCCAUCAUUCACCGGGACCUUGCAGCCCGUAACGUGUUGGUGGGACACAAAGAAACGUGUAAAGUAACAGACUUUGGAAUGGCCAGGGAUGUGCAGCUGGAAAAUAUUUAUGAACGAAAGACAAAGGGUCGCCUUCCAGUGAAGUGGACAGCCUACGAGGCAUUGUUGUAUGACACAUAUACCACCAAAAGUGAUGUAUGGAGUUAUGGAGUUGUCCUUUACGAGAUCUUUACCAUAGGCGGUUCUCCGUAUCCGCGGACGGAUGGGAGAAAGAUUGCCAACUUACUUCAGUAGGGAUACAGAAUGCCUAAACCGCAACACGUGGAUGAUAAAUUGUACCAGAUCAUGAUGAGAUGCUGGCAAAAUGACCCCGACGCUAGACCGACUUUCACUAGCUUGAAAAACCAGCUGAAAGACAUGGAAACCUUAUACAAGAGAUUAAUCAACAUGGAAAAAUAUGAUAAGCAUUUGUAUACAAACCUUGAAGAUUUAACAGUGUAGAUGAUAAAGCUUCCUCAUUGUCUAUGGGCCUGAAUGUUUGAACGUUUCGCCACUAUACUUUAAGGAAGUUGGUUUUUUUUUUCCAAGGUGUCUAAAAUGGAAUGACUGCUUUGGAUGUCUAACAUUUUUUAAAAACUUUUGGAAAAUUUUCAUGUCACUGAAACUCGAACUUUUUGACUUCACAAGGACCAUCUAUAUUUUCGAAACUGAUUGCAAAUACUUUUGAACUCAGAAGCAUAUAGGUUUAAUUUUGUGGUUUGUUUCGAGGUUAUUGUUUAUUUUCUUUUAAAUUUUCCAAAGAGCCAGAUAGAUAGAUACUUAUAUUCAACAAAAUUGAUCAAACAUGUUGUUGCUAAGAUUUUUUUCACAGUGGUAUUAACAUUUCCAAAAUACAGUGACUUAAAAAAAAAGUCGUUGAUGUUAUUUCAUAUUUGCUCAUUUGACCCGCUGAACCUCGGACGCACCAGUUAGGGAAACUGUAUUUUCGCUGAACAGUAGAAUUUCAGAGAUAGUUCGCUUUUCCCUAAUGUCUACUUAUGGUAGACUUGUGGAUGUGGCAGCUACAUCCCACAAGUUGACCUUGAUUCAAAAAUUUUCCAUGCAACGGUAACGAAAUGGUUAGAAAAUGGUGUUUUCUCUGCAAAAAUGUAUUUUUCCAUUUCAAUUUAAUGCCGAUCUUUUACCUUACACACAGUUCAGCCUGAAAAAAUAAACAUGGGGACCUUUCACAAUCCCUCUCAUUCCAUACUGAGGUUAUGAUAGCUAUUAUUACAUUUCUUAAAAGAAGACUAAGUAAUUGAUUUGACAAAGAUAAGAAAUUUGAGGCCGAAAACUCGGUUUGUUUUUACGCGAGUUACGUAUGUAUAUUGGUUGGAUUUUUAUGGAAACUUGCCAGAAUGUUUGUCAGCUAGUGUGUGAGGCUUUUUAAGAACUUCGAUAUAUUUCUCUCGUGACGUCCCGUAGCAUGACAACAACCGAGAUAGAUUUUCUCAGGAACUAACAGGAAUAUGAAAAAACCUCAAAGUUUAGGAACCUAUUAUAUGCUGAAUGACACAGUUGGUAACUAAGGCCAUCAGCAGCCAGAGCCGUGCGAAAUAUAAGUGUAACGCAAAAAUCAAAUGAAAAAAUGAUAAUAACAAAAUACCAUAAUUAAAUGGACAAAGUACUGUAACGCUUCAACAUAUGUUUAA